AUGGAAUUGCAAUCCCGACGUUCAGACACACGCAGCCAGAGCAACGACCACGGCCACGGCCACGGCCAUGAAUCGGAUCAUGAGCCGCACGAAGGACCUGAGACUCAGAGCCAGAAGCUCGACCGGCGGUCCAUCCUGAAACUGGUCUGCGCCGGCUUCUCAUUCUUCCUCGCCGGCACCAACGAUGGCACAACUGGCCCGCUGCUACCGUACAUGUUGCACGAGUACAACAUAAGUACAGGAUUGGUGACUGUCAUAUACGUAGCCACCUUCGCCGGCUGGUUCCUGUCCGCAUUGACAAACACGCACUUGACGACGACUCUCCGUCUAUCUCUGGGCGCAACGCUUCUUCUGGGGGCUGGAUUGCAAUUACUUUCCCAACUCCUGCGAUUCUGGAACCCCCCGUUCGGUUUGUUCGUUGUGACUUUUUUCCUAACGGCGCUGGGCCAGGCGUACCAGGACAGUUACUCCAACACGUACGUUGCGACUGUGCCCGGGGCGCACCGAUGGUUGGGCUUCAUUCAUGCCAUGUACAUGCUUGGCUGUCUCACUGGUCCUUUUAUAGCCACUCCGCUCGCCAGCCAUACGCGUUGGCACUAUACUUAUGCCGCCGAGGCCGGGCUGGGGGUGGUGAAUCUGGCCUUCGUGGCAGGCGCCUUUGGGUCGGAGAUGUUUGCCGACAGCAAACGAAAGAGAAAGACCGCCUUUGAAACUGCGAGAGAUGGCAAUGCUCCUCAAGGUGAUGAAAUUGUUGCUUCCCUCGAAAGCCAGCAGGAUUCCGCCCCCGGAUCCCGGAAUGUCCAGGCUCUCAAUGAGAUCCGCCAGACUUUGAAACUACGAGCAGUCUGGCUGGUGAGCUUGUUUUUCUUUUUCUUCCUCGGCGCUGUCAUCACGGCCGGAGGCUGGGUCGUCGAAUACCUCGUCCGCGUCCGAAAAGGCGGCCUAUCCAGCAUGGGCUACGCGCCCACGGGCUUUUACGGCGGCGGCUUCCUGGGCCGCCUAUUACUCGCGGAGCCGACCCACCGAUUCGGCGACCGACGCAUGGUCUUUGGAUAUAUCGUCGCCUGUAUCGCCUUACAGGUCAUGUUCUGGACCAUUCCGAACAUCGUGGCCGGCGUCGUCCUGUACUCUGCACUCGGGUUUUUUUCCGGCCCCUUUUUUGUGAGUGGCAUCUCCGUAGCAUCCAAACUAUGUCCCAAAUCCGUGCAAACGACCGCUCUAGGCUUCAUCUUCGUCCUAGCCCAAGCUGGCGGCAGUCUCUUCCCCACACUCACGGGCCUGGUCGCCGCCCACGCCGGCGUCAAGGUUCUGCAACCUAUCCUCGUGGCCUUGUUUGUUGGCACCGGUGUCAGUUGGUGGUUGGUCCCGAAAGUGGACAAGGUGAGAGACGUGUAA